AUGAGUUUUCCAAGUCCGGAUCUGGAAUUUUUCAUUCAUAGUACGUCAUCUUGUGGAGUGUCAGUAGAAUACUACGAUAUCUCCGCGAAAUCCAACUACAACUUCGAGAAACCGUUCUUGUGGCUCGCCAGGAAGCUGAUCGGCGAUCCCAAUCUGGAAUUCGUGGCGAUGCCGGCCCUGGUGCCCCCAGAGAUCCAGAUGGACCCGCAAUGGCAGGAGCAAAUCGAAAAGGAUCUGGAAGACGCCCAAAAAACGGCUCUGCCAGACGACGACGAGGAUUUGUAGAAUGUCAUAUCUUUGGCGUUGUUGUCUCUAAUUCGGUUCGAACACGGGCAUUUUAAGGGAACGUUUCGUCAAUGAAGAAGUUGGAAAAUUGUUUUUGUUUUGUUUUUUUUUUCUGUUUUAAGUAAACUGACAUAAUAUUCCUUGAUAUUUCCAGGGGAGAAGAGCGGUGGAAUUUUAGUGUACAACAAUUGGAUUUUCCUGGAAUACAGUGGCAUUUCUUCAGAACAUUUUGGUUUUUACUGGAACUCCUUUAAUUACCGUGGAUUUUCUUGGAUUAUUUUUUUUAGAAACCCCUCUCAAUUUCUUGGAAACUUUUGUUGAUAAUCUCAUGGAGUUCUUGGAAUCCUCUGCAAUCUCUUUGAAUCAUUCACAAUUAUUUAUAAUUAGGAUCCUUGGAUUCCUUUGCACUUCAUUUAAAUAUUCUGAAAUUUCUUAUAACAUUGCAAUCUCGUGGAACCUUGUGCAAUGAUUGCAUUAAUCCUUAGAACCCCCUGCAAUCCCCUUGUAUUAUAUUAUUGCAAUUGGAAUCCAUUGAAUUUCUUUGAAAUCAUUUGAAAACUAUUCGAAUAUUCUGCAGUUCCCAGGAACAAUGAAAUUUAAUGGAAUCCUUUGCAAUCCCUUGUAAUCACUCGCAAUGCCUUGGAACCCUUUGCAUUAUUUCUUGAAAUCCUAUGCAUUUCCUUGGAUCCCUUUGCAAUCCCUUGGAAUGCAUUACGAUUCCUUGGACUGUUUUCACUAUCUUGGGAUUUUCUGCAAUAUCUUAGAAUAUCUUGCUAUCAUUUGUUAUCAUUUAGAACAUUUUACGAUUGAUAUCUCGUUUUAUGUUUUGCAAUCUAAAUCAUUUAUUUUUCAAUUCCUUAAAACUUCAUGGAAGGCUUAUUAAUCGCUUGAAAUCAUGUGCAAAUCCUUGGAGCCUUUGCAAUCCCUUGGAUGCCUUUGCAAUCCUUUGGAAUGCAUUAAAGUUCCUCAAAACUGUUUUUACUAGUAUCUUGGCGUAUUCUCUCAUAUCUUAGAAUCCCUAGCUAUUUGUUAUUAUUUGGAACCCUUUACAAUUCCUAGAAAUCCUCUGGAAUCCCUAGCCGUUUGCGAUUUCUUGGAAUCCUUCAAAAAUGUUGGUAAUUUCUGGUAAUUCCUUGUACAUAACGAUAUUAUCUAAAUUAUUGAAAAUUCCUUGGGAAAUAAAAUUUCGUGGUCCACCUCUCCUACUUUUCAUGCAACUACCAUUUGUAGAAAUGAAAUUUCUCGCUUCUUCUUUGAUGAAAUUAAUUUAGGUGUCUCGAUGUUCGGGCCUUGUGCAUAAAAUAAAAAAAUUAACAAGACUUCAGAACCUUAAUUUAUGGUAAAUUUUAUUGUGUGGAACCGUGCGGACGAGCUGUUGAUAUUUUUAUAUGAUAUACAUGUUUCUGGAUUUGUUGAUAGGUUUGUCUGGAUUCAAACUCGGGAGUGUUUGGUAUGAUUGUGAAGGUUGAACAAUUGUUGGAAAAACCGGUACUUAUGUACUAAUUUGCGGUAUGAAUUAUGAUUAACUCUGUCAUGAACAGUUGUUUGAUAAUUACAUUAAAUGAAUGGUAUGCUCUGAUGAUUGAGGAAAAUGCCUGUGUGAUUUUUCUUAUUUGUAAUUGAUGUAUUCAUCUCCUGAAACGGAGUAGACAAUUGUGUUACUUUAAUAAAAACAAUUUUU